AUGAAGUUUGGCAAGCAGCUCGAGAUCUCAGCGAAUCCGGAAUGGCGCGACAACUACGUGCAGUACAAGCGGCUGAAGCGCCUGAUCAAGCGCGUGGCCUUUGAACUGGAGAAGCAGCAGAACGCGCAGAAGAAGCUGCAGCUCAAAAUGGAGCUCAGCGGCUGCAGCAGCAGCACGGGUGACGUGCCGCUUCACGUGCUUGUGGACGAGACGCACCCGCUGCUUCAGACGGUGGGGGGCGAAGUGCAGGACGCCAAGGAUCAGUUUUGGGAGGUGUUGGAUGCCAACCUCAAGAUUGUCAAUGACUUUUUCGUGGCCAAGAUCAAGACGUUGACGCGAUCGAUUGGGGAUUUUGAGGCCCUGAUUGAAGACGAAAAGAGGUCGACAGGACACGUGCACACGCGCACGCGCACGCACUCGCAGGACCGUGGCUUCGCGGCGUUGCAGGAGAUCUAUGACAAGCUGGUGGAUUUGCGUACGUUCGUGCAGAUCAACCACUCAGGGUUUCGGAAGAUUGUCAAGAAGUUUGACAAGACGAUGAAGUCACACACGCAGGAAGCGUUCAUGGAUCGACUGGCCAACGAACGCUUCUAUGCGUCCACUGACAUUGACAAGCUACUAGAACGCGUGGCUAGACUUACAUCAAAGGAUAAGCUGGAGGCGGGAAAUAUGGAGCGCCGUAUGCAGCGAAUGCAGGGCGAUCAAAACUCGCUGUUUCGCAAGGUCAAACUCGUCCCCUUUUGUAUUUCGGUGGCAGUUUUUGUGCUUCUCCUGCUCAUUCGUAUCACCCCGAAAGGGGAGGAAGUGCAGCAACGGUGUCUGGCAAUGCUCGUCUUCAUUACGAUGCUAUGGGUGACGGAGGCACUUCCGUACUUUGCUACAGCACUCCUCGUUCCGCCACUUGUGGUGUUCUUGCAAAUUCUGAACGAUAAGGCAGACCCUGACACGCUGCUCACAGCUCGACAAUCUGCUAAGGAGGUGAUGUCGAUGCUCGUCAACCACACAACCAUACUGAUUAUGGGCGGUUACUCGAUUUCAGCAGCAUUCGCGAAAUGCCAGAUCGAGCUCUACAUUGCCGCCUUCUUGCAACGUCGAUUCAAGAAAAGUCCAAACUUGUUCUUGCUCGCAAUCAUGCUCAUGGGACUGUUUUUAUCGAUGUGGAUUAGCAACCACACUGCCCCAGUGCUGUGUGUAUCGGUUCUACUUCCGAUCAUCAGAGACUUUCCGACGAACAGCGUUUAUGUGAAGACGCUUCUAAUCGGCUUAGCUUUUGCGUGCAACCUCGGUGGCAUGAUGACCCCAAUUUCUUCACUGCAAAAUACUCUGGCAGUGUCGUUUCUGGAGAAGGCUGGAUACACCAUUACGUUUGGUCAAUGGAUGGCAAUUGCAGUCCCAUUUUGCACCGUCGGCACGAUUAUGUGCUGGUUGUUUUUGCUACGAGUGAUGGACCCUCGGGAUGCCACAUACAUCCCGCAGAUCGUCUACGACCAAAAGCAACAGAUCAGCAGUCUCCAUGUUGUCGUCGUUUCAAUGACGCUUCUUACCAUUUUCUUGUGGGCGUCGUUCUCGGUGACGAGUGCAACAUUCGGCGACUUGGGCAUUAUCUCACUGAUGUUCAUGUUUGUCAUGUUCGGCACGGGAAUGCUGAGUCAAUUCGACUUUAAUUCGUUUUCAUGGCACAUUCUUUUCCUCAUUGGUGGUGGCAACGUGCUGGGAGAUGCCGUCCACCGAUCAGGACUUCUUGACACGUUGAGCAAGUCGGUCAUCCACGCGCUGCCGUCUGGAAACGUCUGGGUGGUCACGGUCUCUUUGUGCGGCCUGGUGGUUUGCCUGACUACUUUCGUCUCGCAUACGGUCGCUUCAAUCAUCCUUCUGCCAAUCAUUGUCGACAUGGCAAUCCAGAUCGGGCACCCACACAUUCCUGUGGUCUGCUGUGCGCUGGCGAUAUCUGCUGCCAUGGCGCUCCCGUUCUCGUCGUUUCCGAACAUCAAUUCACUGCUGGUUCUGGACGACCACGGUCAGCCAUACCUGGAAGUAAAGGAUUUUCUUCGCGUUGGAGUGGCGUUCUCGCUCGUAACGAUGGCGUUGAUUGUCACUCUAGGCUACGGGCUCAUUGUACUCGUGCUUGGAUACAACAUCGGUCCAACUCCAAUCAUGGUGGGCUCAUAG